AUGACCAAGGUCCUUCUUACUGCCCACAUCCUAGACCAGCUCCUGAGCAAAGGUCACACGGUCAUCACGACUGUCCGUUCUGAGCAGAAGGCGAAGCCCAUACGUGACGCCUACAAAGACAAGGGCAGCCAGCUGGAAGUCGUCGUAGUCGGCGACAUUGCAAAGGACGGUGCGUUUGACGAAGUAGUCAAGAAGCCGGGUAUCGAGGUGGUUUUGCACACGGCCAGUCCGUUCCACUUCAAAUGGACCGACGCCCAAAAGGAGCUCAUUGACCCGGCCGUGAUCGGCACAACCGGCAUCCUCAAAGCCGUCAAGAGAUCCGCGCCGACGGUCAAGCGCGUCGUCGUCACGUCGUCGUUUGCCGCUGUCCUAGACGAGAAGCACCUCUCGGACGGCUCCCACACCUUCACCGAAGAGUCCUGGAACCCGGUCGGGACGCAAGACCUCGACGCCUCCUCGCCCGCCACGGCGUACCGCCUCUCCAAGACGCUGGCCGAGAAGGCGGCGUGGGACUUUGUGGCCCGCGAGAAGCCCGGCUUCGACCUGGCCACCAUCUGCCCGCCGGUCGUCUUCGGCCCCGUCGCGCACCACCUCGCCUCCCUCGAGGGCAUCAACACGUCCAACGAGCGCGCCGCGGCCCUCGUCACCGGCGCCUGGAACCGCGGGAUCCCCGCGACGGGCCCCGUCACCGUCUGGGUCGACGUGCGCGACGCGGCGCUGGCGCACGUCCGCGCCAUGGAGAGGCCCGACGCCGGCGGGAGGCGCCACCUCACCAUCGGGGGCAGGUUCACGAACCGCGCCAUGGCUGAGAUUGCGUGGGCCGCGUUUCCCGAGCUGGCACGGCAGGGCAAGUUGCCCGGCAGGGACGUCGAGGGCGGAGGGGCGCCGCCCGCCAGCGAGAACUUCAGGUACAACAACGACGCGACCGUCAGGGUGCUGGGCAUGGAAUGGACCAGCCUGGAGUCCAGCAUCACCGACUUGAUCCGGUCGCUCGAGGAGCACGGCAUCUAA